AUGGCAGAUCGAUUUCCCUCACUCGACGACUUCUCAGAGGGUCAAACCGGACCUGUCAGCAACGGUCAUGUUGACACGAACGGAACAGCAGAUGAUGACUUCCUAGCCAGAGAAAGGGCUGCGUUAGGGGAUGAUGCAGCUCAAUUUACGACUGCAGGGGACAAAACUGCGACAAUACAAGAUGAUGAGGAUGAUCUACUAGGGGGAGGUGGGGUGUCGGAUGGAUUUCAGGGUGGUGGCGAAGAGAUCACAGAGUUUGAGAGCUCGUUCCCAUCAGUUGACACAAAGAAUGAUCAAGUAGGGCCUGGCGGCACCAUUACUGGCUCAGAUUUACCGUACAGACCAACCCAACAACCAUCAUACGGAGGAUAUGGACAAGUAGAAGAAGACUCGGAGCCCAUUAAACAAUGGAGAGAACGCCGAGAUCUAGCCAUUGCAGACAGGGAGAAGAUCUCCUCGUCAAAGAAAGAGGACACGAUAAAAGCGGCUCGCCAGAAUAUUGACGACUUCUACGAGAAUUACAAUAACAAGGCCGAUAAAGGAAGGGAGAGGACGCGGAAAGAUGCUGAAGAAUUUCUCGCGAAUCGUGAGGAUACCGCAGCCGGCGGAACGAGCUGGGAGCGGAUAGCAAAGCUCGUCGACCUUAGCGGGAAGGGUUCUAAAGGAGGAGCAAGCGGGACCGGCAAGGAGAAGUUUAGAGAAAUGCUGAUAGACCUGAGAAAAGAUCAGAAAGCACCCGGAGCGACUGGCUAUUAA